GGCCGGCGGGCCGGGCAUGGCGGCGCUGCGGGUGCUGGAGCUGUACAGCGGCAUCGGGGGCAUGCACCAGGCCCUCAGAGAAAGCUGCACAUAUGCAGAAGUUGUAGCUGCUGUUGAUGUAAACACUCUUGCCAAUGAUGUUUAUAAGCACAACUUUCCCAGCACGCCGUUAUGGGCAAAGACUAUUGAGGGCAUAACACUGAAAGAAUUUGAUAGAUUAUCUUUUGAUAUGGUUUUGAUGAGUCCUCCCUGUCAGCCUUUUACAAGAAUUGGCCUGCAAGGUGAUGUGUCUGAUCCACGGACCAAGAGCUUUCUCUAUAUCCUUGAUAUUCUCCCAAGGCUUCAGAAGCUUCCAAAAUACCUACUUUUAGAAAAUGUUAAAGGAUUUGAGUCCUCUUCUGCAAGGAAUGAACUUUUGCAAACACUAGCAACAUGUGGAUUUAAAUAUCAGGAAUUUCUCUUGUCUCCAACAUGUCUUGGCAUUCCCAAUUCUAGGCUGCGGUAUUUUCUAAUUGCAAAGCUUCACCAAGAACCAUUUUCCUUUCAAGCUCCUGGUCAAAUAUUGACAAGAUUCCCAGAUCAGGAUCCAGAAGAUUUAGUCAAGGAAAAAGUUGCUGACAAAGUGGGUGAAACCAGUUCUUUGUCCUCUGAGGAGAAGAAUCUGGAUCCAAACAUUGGUGCAGAUUGCAGCAGCAAGAAGAGUUUACCAAAAGGGGCCUUUCUGUUUAAGCUUGAAACAGUAGAAGAGAUGGAAAGGAAACAUAAUCAGGAUAAUGAUUCCUCUAUUCAAAUGCUACAAGACUUCUUGGAAGAGGAAAAUGAAGAAAUGAGUCAAUAUUUCUUACCACCAAAGUCCUUACUGCGCUAUGCUCUCUUGUUAGACAUUGUUAAACCCACCUGCCGGAGAUCCACGUGCUUUACAAAAGGGUAUGGACACUAUGUAGAAGGGACCGGCUCCGUUCUGCAGACAGCAGUAGAUGUACAGCUUGAAUCAGUGUUUAAACACAUUGAUGAGUUAUCAGAAGAAGAGAAGCUUAUGAAAUUGUCAACACUAAAACUGAGGUACUUUACCCCAAGAGAAAUAGCAAAUCUUCAUGGAUUCCCUUUGGAAUUUGGUUUUCCUGAAAAGGUAACAGUAAAGCAAUGCUAUCGUCUUCUGGGAAACAGCCUCAAUGUACACGUGGUGGCAAAAUUGAUCUCCAUUCUACUUGAAUAAUUUAGAACCUGAAACUGAUGCAUAUGGACUGGUGACAGAAAAUACUUCCAUCUUUUAGAAUAAAGCUGGUGGAACCUGGACAAAUACCAGAGCUUACCAAGAUACUUGUCCACACAUUUUGCUGAAUGAUUUUGAUAUAUUUUUAAUAACUUGCAUUCAUGAUAGAUUUAAACUGUAUAGGUGUUUUAUUUAAAUGGCAGUUUACAGGACUUACUUCCUUUAUUUAAAUGUUCUUUUAAGUUUGCAGAAUGAAAAAUAGUGCACAUGCAAAUAUUUCAAUGAGAAAGGACAAGAUUUGAUUUUUAUCUUAAAACCAUUUUCAAGUACUGUGUGAAACUGUCAAAGCUAUUUCAGUUAGGUGUAGAGAUCAAGUUCUAUGCGUAACAUGUCUUCAUCUUUAAAUGUAAGUAAUCCAUUCUGAAAAGAUUUACUGUAUAUAUGAUCUGAAAUUUUGAUGUGAUUUUUUUAGCUCAUGAAACUAAUAAAUUCAGUAUUUUAUAUAAAA